UCUUGAAAUUAGUUCAAGUGAUCAGGCUGCUAACAUGACACGAUAUUUCGUGGCGCUAUUCAUGGUUUACGUCCUAGUACUGUAUAAGGUGUUGAAGUGCAGUUUAUUGGUCACAUUGUGGGGAUAUUUAAGUUGGGUUUUACGUUUCCGUUCGGAAAUGACUUCUUAAAAAGUUUUUAAAAGUUUUGCUUUCUUAAAAAGGAGGAAAGCUAUACGAAAAUGACAGCAUAUUCUGUAACGCUGUCCGUGGUGCUGACUAUCCCACUCAGUUAUAUUGUUGCGAUUUUCAUUUAUUCAUAGAUUUGAAAGAUCAAACAUUUUUGUUAUUUGAGGCAUUACUUUUUGUAUUCUAGCCCAUUUACUACAAAUAACUGCGUUCUUACUACUACUACUACUACUACGUUUUAGAAGUCCGGAUGUAUCUUGUCCACCGUAAAAAUCCAGUGGUUCCUAUUAAUUUGCAUUAUGAAAGUCUAUUUGCACACCCUUCAAACUUGUUCGAGUCAUGCUAUCCAUUACUAUGCCUUCAGUCUGCAAAGGUCUCUCCAAAGUAACAUUUUUGUAAAGGGAAUUCAGCAAACACUUUUUUUUAAAUACUCCAUUGCCAUGAAGACAUAAUGUAAAACUCACAAACAUUAAUUCAGACAUGAUUUUCACACAACAUAAGCAAGUUUCAAAGUAUGUUAAUUAGUGUCAUGUAUUUGUUCUUACUGAUCCAGGAAGCUAGUUUCCCUUAAUUUCUAUAUAGUUUGAUUUAAAUCGGCAACUUUUUGCUUUCAAAAACGGUCAGCAAAAACAGAAAUUAUUUAAGGAGCUAAAAUAUGCAAACAUAUUGAUAUGAUUUAUGUCGCUGCUUGCCAUAAAAGGAGGUCAUUAUGCGCCCAGUCCACAAGGUGUCAGUGUCAUAUCAGCAUCAACUGUUGUGUUAUAUACAUUGGCCCUGCCCCUUCAGAGAGGUUUUGUUCAGGUCGACAGAGAAGAGGUAGUACGUUCAACAGAGAGAGUGUUGCCGUUGUUGUAUUUUUACAUAGAUCAUUUAAAAAAAUGGAAUAUUUUCAAACUGUAUAUUUUGAGGCUUAGGCUUUUACCUUUUUUUGUAAGGACCUUUGACUGGAAAUAAUAAUAAUAAUAAUACAAACUGAAACGAUGGGAGCCGGAGGACAAAGAAGAGGAAUACAAUCCUGGUGGUUAGCCAUCCGUUUUUCUGUGAUGCUCAGCUGUGUGGAGUGGGUUUCAGCUCAGAUAAAAUAUUCAGUUCCAGAGGAAGUAAAAGUGGGAUCCGUUGUUGGAAAUGUCGCCAAGGAUCUAGGAUUGGACAUCAGUUCGCUGCAGGAACGACGGUUUCGUAUUGUUUCGGGAACUAAAGAUGCUCAGUUUGAAGUAAAUCAGAACAAUGGCGUCUUGUAUGUGCAUAAGAACAUCGAUCGAGAGGAGCUUUGUGAAAGCGUUUCUCCGUGUUUAAUGAACAUAAAAAUGGUAGCUGAGAACCCCAUGGAAAUACAUUAUGUUGGAGUUGAAAUCAUAGAUGUAAAUGAUAAUUCACCAAGCUUUCAAGAGGAAGAAAAAAUAUUAGAAAUUCCUGAGUCCAUUGUUCCUGGCAAACGUUUCCAGUUACCAACUGCGCACGAUCCAGAUGUUGUCACCAAUACUGUGCGUGUGUAUAAAUUAAAUCAAAACGAAUAUUUUAGUAUACAAAUCCGAGAGAGAGGAGAGGACAAGAUACCAUUCUUAGUUCUACAAAAGUCUCUGGAUAGAGAAAAGCACCAUGAGCACAGAUUGAUUCUGACAGCAGUUGACGGUGGAAAUCCACCGAGAUCAGGGACACUUAAUGUCACAGUUAUAGUUCUCGAUUCCAAUGAUAACCAUCCUACAUUUACACAAGAAGUGUAUUCAGUAACAGUACCUGAGAAUGUAGCUGCAGAUACAAGUGUUAUUAAGGUAAAGGCAACUGACGUGGAUGAGGGCCCAAAUGGAGAAAUUGAAUACUAUUUCGGUGGUGAACUUGACCGGAAGAUAUAUGAUGUGUUUAGCUUAGAUAAAGACACCGGUGAAAUUCGAGUAAAAGGAGAAAUUGACUUUGAGAAGGUUGACGUUUUUAAGUUAGACGUCCAUGCAACUGACAAAGGACAGCCUCCAAUGACUACCGAUUGCAGGGUGAUCAUUAAAGUGCUCGACAAAAACGACAACAAACCUCAAAUAGAAGUAACAUCCCUGUUAAACAUGGUGGCUGAAGACUCAAAACCUGGGACUGUGGUUUCCCUUAUUAGUAUUACAGACCAAGACGGCGGUUUAAACGGUAAAGUAAUAUGCAGUCUUUCGGAUAAUGUGCCAUUCGAUUUAAAACCAUCUUUUCAAGAUAAUAUGUACUCAUUAGUUUUGAAACAGCAUUUAGAUCGAGAAUCAGUUUCGCAUUAUGACAUCAAAAUAACAGCUACAGACUGUGGUCAGCCUCCUCUGUCUACAUUCAAAACUCUAAGUAUUGAUGUAUCAGACGUGAAUGAUAAUGUCCCAGAAUUUUUGCAUAAUCCAAUUGAACUUUAUCUGGUAGAAAAUAACGUGCCUGGAAACCCUAUAUUUUCUGUUACUGCUACAGAUAAAGACUUAAAUAAAAAUGCAGCUUUAACUUAUCAUAUAGUUAGAGAGGAAGGUAGUCAAAUAAAAAUUGCAGCAUUUUUAAAUAUCAAUUCAGAUAAUGGACAAAUAUCGGCGCUAAAAAGUUUUGACUUUGAAACUCUGAAAACGUUCCAGUUCCAAGUUGUUGCCUCAGAUUCUGGAACUCCGUCACUAAGCAGCAACGUCACAGUGAACGUGUUCAUUCUGGAUCAGAACGACAACGCUCCAGUCAUCCUGUAUCCAGUCAGCUCCAACGGUUCUGCUGAAGGUGUGGAGGAGAUUCCCCGCAAUGUGAACGCAGGACACUUGGUGACUAAAGUCAGAGCCUAUGACGCUGAUAUAGGAUAUAACGGCUGGUUACUGUUUUCACUGCAGGAAGUUACUGACCACAGUCUCUUUGCUUUGGACCGCUAUACAGGACAGAUCAGAACACUUCGCUCAUUCACAGAGACAGACGAGGCCGAGCAUAAACUGGUCAUACUGGUGAAAGACAAUGGGAACGUUUCACUCUCAGCAACAGCUACUGUGAUUGUCAAACUUGUGGAGCCCAAAGAGGCUUUUGCAGCUUCUGAUGUUAAAAGUUCAACUAAAGUUGACGAGGAGGACAAUGUUACAUUUUAUCUGAUGAUAACUUUGGGCUCAGUUUCAGUACUUUUUCUGGUCAGUAUCAUCGUGUUGAUUGCAAUGCAGUGCUCUAAAUCUACAGACUAUACUUCUAAAUAUCUACAAGAGCCUAAUUAUGACGGGACACUGUGUCACAGCAUCCAGUACAGAUCGGGAGACAAACGGUACAUGUUAGUUGGACCCAGGAUGAGUAUAGGAUCUACUAUAGUGCCGGGCAGCCAUGCGAAUACACUAGUGCUUCCUGACAGGAGGAGGGCAUCUGGAGAGGUAAGACAUUAAAAAUAAAGGUUUUAUCUGCUAUCUUCAAAAGCAUACAGUUCA